UGUAAUUUCUUUUAUAGUACUUUUAUUUAAUACGCAAUGGGUUUGGCAUUCCUUCCUUAAGCUUUUUCCGAAGUGAACCGAACUUCGUGUCAAUUAAACAAAACAACGAGUUAUCAUUCCCACGAAUGAGGUACCACAGUCAACGUCAACAACAAAAGCAAUCAAAGAAUAAAAUACGCGAGGCAAAAUUAUCCAACCACCUCUAAAUGCCCAAACGCGACCCAACAAUUUCUCCGUCUCUACAUCGUCUGCAUUGUAAACAAAAUAAAUCUCAAAAGUCGUCCAUUAAUCCGCGAAUGUUUACGAGAGAGUACCCCGAAUAUCUAUACCUCGCGCAGCCACCCAAAAACUAAUUCCAGAAUUUACAAGCAUUUCAGUGUCGCGAAUUGUCGGGAAAGCCUUGCAACGAAAAAAAAAAACAAAACAAAACAAAACAAAAAGACAAAACACCAGCGAAUAUUUCAACGAUAUUAUAAGCGCGAGCCGGGGACACAAGCGCCGAAAGCUGAUUUCGCAAAACACGGCCGGCCGGCGCUGCGCUAAUUUAUUAACUCGCGUAUAAAGUGCGAGCACGGUGGGAACAACUAUGGCGACCACCGUUCCGUUUGCCGCGACAUCCGCGGCGAACGUUUGCCCCGGAAUUUGUUGCUUCGUACCACCAGGCGUUUAUCGUAAAAUGUCGCUCGUUGUUUCGGGUUUCAAUCGUAACCGCCCGCAGUGUCGUUCGGGGCAUUCAUCGGCGUACGCGUUGUUCCGAGAUUAAUGCGAUUUUCUUUGGCCGGGCCACGUCAAACGUGGACCAACCGACCGCCGGCGGGCGCGUUUCGCACGGCACCGAGGAACUUUCCAGUUCCAAUCGCUUCCAACCCCCCUCAGGGGGUUGUUUUGUUAUCGAUCGUACGGCUACGUAUUCCCCGCGAUACCUUCGGAACGCGACGGACAAUGUCAUCGUUACACUUUCAUGCUUAUGUUUGGCAUUACGGGAUCGCUAUGGCAACUUGACGUGGCAUUCGUCGCCAGUGUUUGCCUCGCUUCCGGACGCGUUUGUUUGCGGAACCGUACGACUUCCUACGCCACGGACAAGACAAUCGGUAGCUCGUUUGUACUUUCGGUCCACAUCCUGGAAUCCUCCGUACGCCUAAGAGGGGAGUACGCCGUAAAAAUUCUCGCAACCCAGUCGAUGAUCUUCCGAUCCAUAGGAUCCUAGACGCGUCAGCCAGGAACGUUACGCGAGCGAAGAAAAGAGGAAGUCACCGAAGAGGAAGGGUGGUGGGAAGAGAUAGAAGCUCACGAUGCCGAUUGAUAUUUACUACCACCCGUGCAGUGCACCGUGUCGGUCGGUUGCGUUACUGGCAAAAGCAAUCGGUGUUCACCUGAACAUAAAGACGCUCAAUUUCUUAAUCAAUGAACACAUGACACCGAGUUUUUUAAAGAUAAAUCCACAGCACACAUUACCAACAAUGGAUGACAAUGGUUUCAUUCUCUGUGAGAGCCGGCCAAUCAUGGGAUACUUGGUGAACAAAUAUGCGAAAAACGACUCAUUGUAUCCAAACGACCCGAAGAAAAGGGGAAAGGUAGACGAGAUGUUGUACUUUGAUAUCGGUGUUCUUUACGACAGCAUAACCAAAUGCUAUUUCCCGGUAGUGCUUGGAAAAAGGAACACCUUACUCGAGGAAGAUGUGCAGGCUGUAGAGACGGCGUGUGAAUUAUUGAAUACAUUCCUGGAAGACAGGGAGUUCGUUGCUGGGGAUACUCUGACCAUCGCUGAUUUCUCCAUCAGCGCGACCAUUUGCCUCGUUCAAAUUUUCGGAUUCGAUAUCGGCCGAUACGAUAACGUGGCGGCUUGGUACAAUCGGUGCACCGAGGUUCUGGAUAAAUUCGGAUACGAGGAGGUGCACAGCCCAGGAAGGAAAAUAGUGGCCGAUAUGUAUUGGCCAAAUUUACAGGAAUCCAAUUAACACCGAUACCGCAGAGCUUGUAAAACCAUGGGCUCGAUGAUGGCUCGCUGGUGAUCGAGAUUAAACAUGAAACCUAUCGAGUCGGUGCAAAUCAUCAGUUCGUUUAACGAGAAUGCCUCGUUAAACGAGCUGAUGAUUUGCAGAACAAGAGGUACGGAAUUGCGGUUUAGUAUCUAACUUAGGAUUUGAUAGGUUUUGUGUGGAGUGUACAGUUUUGCGUAGGAUCUUGCGAUACAUGGCGGAUUUUAUCGAAUUGCUCACCCUUUAGAAAAUUAGUUUCGUAGUGAAAUAAAUCAGGGAUGGGAAGAAUUUGAUUCGAGUAAUAUAUAAUAAAUACAAGCAGCUUGUAUGAAUUCAUUCGUGACGUUUAUUCGAUUGAGAAUUCGAAGUUGUAAUUGUUUCAUUCAACAAUUUGAAUUCUGACAUUCAGAAUUAAAAAAGUAUUAUUCAAAAUUUGUAUCUAGGUAAGAAAUUUACCCAUCCCUAAAAUAAACACUAGAGUGCAACGUUGAUAGGUUAAUUCAUUUUUGGCACUGAAAAUAAUUUUUAUUUAUUGUUUUUUAUCCACUCGAUCUAUUUGCAAAGUGCAGUUCUUUGUUCAAUUCUUCCUGAAAUUAAAAUAGCAAUUUCUCAAAAAGAACCACAUCUAUAGCUGAUUACUAUCUCAUGUGUCGAAAAUCAAAGUUAAAGGAUUUUAAUCUACAGUUAUAAACCUAGUAUUGUAUAGCACUAAUUAUGACUCACAUGGUCGUGUAGUUUGUAAAUCGAUCGAAAUAUUGUAACACGGAAACGAUCACUAAAUAUAUGAAUAAAUAUUCAUAACGAAAAGAUUUGGAUUUGAUCUGCGGACGGCGUAGCGUUAAAUAACUUAAACUUCACGGGAGCUGUUUAAGAUACAGCAAGCCUGGCGACUGCAACUAUCUCAGCGCACUUGUACACAAACUAGUGGCACCAUUUGUACUCGUCAUUUAUUAUCACGAUCAUGUUGCCCAGUCCUGCUUUAUUAAAACAAUAUACUUGAAACUCGAAAUCCACUUAAGUAAAGAAUUCAAAUAUUAUUUCCGUACUCUUCAUCAAUUUAUUACAAUGGAUCCAUUAUGACGUUGAUCCUCUCAUCGAAGACAAUUCUGCGCAGACUCGUCCCGUGUUGGUUGCUUGAAAAGGAGGUGGCAUUGAUGUUACCGUGGUAUUUAUAAAGUGACUUCGGAACUAACUUGAUCGGAUAGUUUCCGAUUAAUCCUCCAUUAGUCGCCAAAGAGAGCACGCAGCUAGGUUUACUUUACAUUCUCUGGUCGGUUAUCUGUCACAAAUCAUUCGCCUCAAGUUUCGAGUGUGACAGUGGAGAGAGUUUGGCCGGUGUUUCGUCGACGGCGCUUUCAGUUUGUAAUAAAAUUUAUCGAUCGUUGACGUUUGAAUGUUGUUUUGAGUGACGUGCGCGGUUCCAUCGGAUCGACAGUAGAAUAGGAAGUUCGGCUGGUUCUGAGGGAGGAACGAGGAGUGCCACGUGACUGAAUCUACUCGAACUCAGUCACUGAUUUGUCACGGUGCUCUUGUUUGCCAGUCACUCGUUUUGGUUUCUUGUGUUGCGGGAAUCACGUGCUCGCUCUGUGUUUGGGAAAGUGUCGUAUGUUGUUAGCGCGAAUCGACACCAUUGUAAAUAAAUUAAAACCUUGGUGCAAAAUAGCAGUUCGAAAUAAGAACGUGAAUUUAUGGACUAAAUCUUACAGGAGAUUAAUUAAAAUGAAUCCAUAAAUAA